AUGACUGGUUUCCCUCUCCGAAAUGCUCUGAUUGCAGCUGUCGCUUUUGGCCCAGCUUCAACCGCGACCAAGACACCUUCCGGGGUUAUCGCCAUCCCGCUAACUCGAGAUGAAGGCUUGACCGCAUAUUUUGCCAAGCUUCAAGUUGGCACGCCACUGCAGACACAGUAUCUCAAGAUCGAUACGGGCAGUCCGCGAUAUUCUUUCCUGGACCCUCGUAAUGAGAUAUGCGAAAGAGGAGGAAAUUCGUGCCUCGUGUUUGGGACCUUCAACAAUGAAACAUCUUCCACAUGUCAAUACCAGGGUCCUAAUUUCGCCGACGCUUUGGGCUAUGUUGGCCGGGGCGAUUAUUUGAGCGAUACUGUUGUUUUUGGUGGUGUUUCAACCGAAAACAUGUACUUUGGCUACACCUCUGGAUACAGUUUCCCAGACAAACUCAGUGGUGAUAUCUACACCAUCCUCGGCUUGUCACUGGAGUGUGGUUACGACUUUGCUGGCCCUGAUUGCACUUGGAGAUCGUCCUCAUACGCACUUCCGGAGCUCAAGAAUGCCUCUAAAAUUGACUACAUGUCUUCGAGUAUCUACCUCGGACCCGAUGACAAGGAAGCUGCCAACGCCAUGAUGCUCCUUGGCGGCGCUUAUGACAAAGCGAAGAUCGAUGGCGAUCUCAUCACGGUGCCCAUGGUUGACCCCUUCGAUGUCCAGCUCACCGGUGGUCAAACCAACUCGGUCAAUGUCACUUCUGUUGAGGUUUUCGUUAGUAAUGACAACAACAGAACAACAGAGACUUACGGCGAAAUGGGAGUCGGCGUCCCCGUGCUGAUGGACACGGGUGUUGCAAGCUGGUACCUCACUGACAAGACCUUGGUUCCUAUUUACCGUGCUUUUGGUGUCACCGAGGAGCCUGCACUUGGUCAGAGAUACUUUGUCGUCGACUGCAAAUAUGCUGACCCAAAGCGAUCUGACGGUCAUGUCUCUGUUGAAUUCGGUGACCACGGAAAGAUUGAGGUCCCGUUCCAUGGCAUAGUAUCAAAGUUUCCUGAUAACACCUGUGGAGUCUUUGCUUCUACUCGUGGCGACACUGUGGCCAUCUUUGGUGACCCUUUCCUACGCAACGUGUAUAGUAUCUUUGAUCAGGAGAACUUGUCUCUCUCAAUGGGAUAUGUGAAGCACACAGAUGAGGAGGACAUUGUGCCUUUACCCCAUGGAGGUUUCAAGCCGACUUAUUCUUAG